GCGGGAGGGAGCGCUUUGCAAAGGGUCGCUUCGUGUGGACGGGAGCUGCUUUCAUUUUCCCGGGAGGGUUGUGAGCAAAGCCGUUUGCAAACUCCCGGGAGAGAGUCCUGGGCACGGAAAGCGCGCUUGACGCCCCUGCUGGAUCUACCUAUAUCCCCCCUGCCUCCGCCUUGCGGGUGCGUUUAACUUUGGAACUGGUGAGGAGGUGCCCCCAAUUCCAUGUGCCGCCCAGUUUGUGCUUGGAGAUGUCAUCCAAUCUUUCCUACUACGCUUUACGAAUGGCCCACUUGAGCGCUCGGAUAUUUGGAGAAGUGGCUCGCCCAACUGAUUCAUCGUCCAUGAAAGUCGUGAAGCUGUUAAGCGAGCAGCCCUAUGCGAAACGGAAGGAAGUUUAUGACUGGUAUCCUCCGCACCAUACCUACCACAACCUCAUGACGAAACUUCGCUUCUAUGGCCUCUACAGAGAUGAACAUGAAGACUUCAAAGAUGAGAUGAAACGGCUGAAAAAGCUGCGCGGGAAAGGACGCCCUGUGAAAGGAGAAGGAAAGAGAGCGCUGAAAAAGAAAUAACACCGUUGUUGCAGUAAACCUUGUAUUUAAUAAACACAUCUUGGACAGAUGUUGACUGUUUACUAAGUAGGCCGGGGAAUUUAUCUCAAGAUGAGGCAUCCUUUGCAAACGUCUUGCCCCUAUAACAUAAGGAAGGGAAAGGCUGUAGCAGAUUUAUCUGCAUGACCCCGUCAAUUUUGGUGGUGGUGAUA